AUGGUGUCGUUGUUGACUCGGUAUUCACGAAAUAAUGGCGUGUAUUCCGAUCUCAAGAUCAACUGCGGAUCGUCAAGAUUUGACGUACAUCGUGUUAUUGUCUGUCCACAGUCAGCCUUUUUCACAAAGGCAAUGGAAGGCGGAUUUCAGGAAGCUAAAUCCAAUGAGAUUACUCUUCACGAUAAUCCUACAAUUGAGAUAUCGGCAACAACGGCACCCAGUGAGGAGAAGGAUUGUCCAUCUGUCCCACUCCAGGACGCAAAAGAAACCAAGGUGUCAGUAAAUGCCAAAAUGCAUGUCCUUGCGGAUAAAUAUGCGGUUGAGCGGCUUAAGGACCACUCUAAGGAAAAGUUAAAAGCAAAUCUUACACAUGAAUGGAACGACACAGAUUUUCUUUGGCUCAUCGAGUAUACAUAUGGGCCGCAUAGUCGUCCAAAUCCCGAAUUACGGGGUGUUAUUGUGACUUUCGCCGUCCAGCAUCUUUCUACCCUUGAUAAACUACCACAGUUCCAUCAGGUCCAUAAGGAAUUUUCAGAGUUUGGGUCUGAUCUUUUGACUCGGACGAUUGAAAGGGUGGUUCAACUGGAAAAAUAUAUUUAG